AUGAAGAUACAACAGAAUGCAGUGAAUGUGCUGGAAAGAACCUCUUCUUAUUUGAGGUCGGGUCUAUUGACAAAACAACCGGCUUGGUAUAAUGUCGUUGCUGAAAUUCCUCCAUCGAAGAAAUUCGAAAGGACGCCAAAAUUCACUAACCCAUCUAAUAACAAGAAAUUAAAUGAACUAAGAAUCAUCGAUGAGAGACUAGUUAGUGAUAGGAACGGAACUUUUUUAUUUAAAUCAAGAUAUAACAAACUUGAUAAGAAAAGUUCAUCGAAAAACGUAUACAAACCGGCUAAACUUUCAUACAUCGAAGAUCAAUUGAGAGAAGUAUUUUAUAUUCAGCAUCCUUGGGAAUUAUCGCGUCCAAAGAUAGUAGUUGAAAACAAUGGUGACGAGACGUACGACUGGUCUCAUAUCCAACAGCUCGGUAAGGCACUUGAUGGUGAGAAUGUUGUUCAAAGAGCAAUGUAUUUGAUGAAAAAGAAACUCAUAAUGAUAUUUCAAAAGCAUACGAUCAAAGCUAGAUAUGAAUUUUACAGAGUCAGAAUGCAAUCAGAAAUUGAAGAACAAGUAGCACAAGAAGAAGCGGAAAUGUUUGGAUCUGUUUUUGGGCCAUCCACCAUCGAAUUUGGUAUGGAUCAGGAACAAAAAGUUAUUGAUGUUUGGAAGAGAAAAGCAAUUGCAGAAACAGAACUUAUGGAAGCUAAACGUACCAAUCCAUCAGAAACAUGGGCACAAGAAAAAGAAGAAGAUGUGAAUUAUCCUGACGGUGAACAAAUUACCGAAGAAGCUACUGGCAUCACUCUUUAA